AAACCCGUUUCCCAUUGGCGCACCUCUUCGUUAGCGCCAAUGAGACCCAGAGUUCUUGCACUUGUAAUGGUGACUCAUUACAAAUAAUUAAAUCAUUUCAGUCAGCUGGGACUAAACAUCUUGAUGCUUUGAUUAUUCUUUUUUUUUUUUUUUCUGCUAAUACCUUUUAGCCUCUUGAACAUUUGCACAUGCACGUUAAACAUCCUCUUGGCCGCACUAAUUAAACUUUCUGGCACAUAAAACAAAAACACACACCAGUCAUGCGUCUACAGAUGUCUCAGUGUACCUUUUAAGGCAAAUGACUGGGAAUCCCUCUCACAGCAUGCUCGUGCCCCGCAUCCCGAGCUGUAUUUGAUUCAUCCUCUUAAUAAGAAACUUCCUCUCUUCGGGGAGAACCGGAGACUUGUUUUUAAUGAAUCUUGAGAAGAGUAAUGGCUGUUUCAGAUGAGAUGAACAAACAUCUGACCUGUGAUGUUAAUAAUCGCACAAAGUAAUGGAAAAAGCGAAGAAAGAUGGGGGACGGGGGCUUAAAUCUGUCUGUACAGUGCAAGGUGUUUGUAUGAAGCCAUGCAAGGCGUGCUGGCUAAAACUCCAGAGUGAUGGAAUCAAAGCAGAAGCAACGAGCAGCUUUUCGCGUUUCGCAUCCGUGGCUUAAAAAAUAAAUUUCAGCUUGGAACGCAAGAUCUGGGAAGAACAUUUAAAUCAGCCUAAAAUCUAUGUUGCUCAUUCGCCCUAUACGGUCCUGCAGCGGAGGCUGCCGGAAAUGUUGUUGUGCUGCUGUACGUAGUGCCUCUGUAUUAGAAAAACAAGAUUAGAAUCUUACACCGAUUUUCCACUUUUUUAUUUUUAAAUUUCAGAUAGCUGUAAUUCUUUAAUUAAAUUUUACGUGUAUUUUUUAAUACAAUCUCUCCUUACAGAAACGUACUAAGUCGCGUUCUGUGUACUAAUGAUUUUCAUUGUCAGGCGUCUAAAAAUAUUUAAAGCCCCCGGAGUUGUGUGUUUUACCCGCUUUCUGAUUUCUUUCCACUCAAUUACAACUUAUUUGAAUACAACCAAAACCUAUACACGGGACAGUGUUGACGCAAAUUCUAAAAAUGUAAAUAUAUGCUAUGUGGACACAGACCGUUGUUUGAUCUUAUAAAGCAGUUUUUUUUUUUUAUUCCAGCAUUUAUACUUUUAGAUAUUUUUAGGAAUUUUUUCCCCCUAACGUGUGUAACAAAGUUUAAUGCAGGGGGGUGAUCAUUCAGCUUUCCUAAAUGUUAUUUAUUAUUUGUCGAAAUUUGUUAUUCCCUUACUCUUAAUUUUUCUGUUUUUUUAUAUUUAGGCCAACCCCAUCAUGACACGUUUAGAAUGUAGUAAAUAUUCAAUUAUUUUUGCUCAUCUUAAAAAAAAAGUAAUUUUUGUCUUUUAGACGUCAAAAACCCGAAUGGGUACCUAGAACCUGAUUUUCCAGUUGAGUAUAGCUUUAUUUUGCCCUCACUUGGUUCAGCCUGAGACCUUUAAAGCGAACAAUGAGACUCGGCAUAGCUCCGGUUUAUCAUUGCUCUUCAUUGUGUCAUUUCUUUCCCAAACCUCACGUGGGUUCAUUUUUAUUUUUGCUGACUCGAAAAUCUAAACAUAAAAUGAUGCCGGUCGUGUCCCAAACCUGCAAUGUACCCCAAAGCCAAAUUCUUCUUCUCUUUUGUACGUCACACUGUGUGUGUGUCCGUGUAUAUUUUUUCUCUCUCUCUCUCUUUUUUUUUUUUUUUUUGAAGCAGAGCGUUAUAUUACCUAUAAAGUUUAGUGUACCUGCAGUAAACUUUAUUGGGGUGUAAAGACCCGUCUCGCAAAGGGCCUGCACUUCUGCAGCGCAGAGGGGAGAACACGGCCUGCAUCCGAGGAGCCUGUAAGAGAAGUUACCUCUGUUUUGGAUGAGAUGUUGUAGAUUGAAUCAUAAGUGUCAUUUUAUUGUUGUGUCGUUGAGAAUAGAAGAAGAUGGAAUCUCUCUAAGCUUGUAGAAUGGCUUUAAUUUAGAGCAUUAGCCUUAUCUUGGUUUUGAAUGCUUCCGUGUGUUUCGAUGACUCUGACGUAUCCGAGAAAAAAGCGGGCCAACGAUUGAGUUAACACAGCGUUGACUAUAUAUUUUUUCUAAUUUAUAAAUGCUCAGGUUCAUUGUUCACAAAAGUGACGUUGAAAAUCUGCGCCAUAUUGUCAGGAGACAAAAAAAAAAACCUUCACAUUAGAUUGUUGGGCUAAGACUGUCUAAUAUUUCACCUUUAUGAACCUUUGCAGAACUUUGUUUAUUACUCAAUCCACUCUGGAAUUAUUUUUGUUUUGGUAUCCUUACUUAUGGAGGACCUUGUUGAUGUUGAAUUUCUUAUAUCAGAUGAACUUGGCUGUCAACCUAGUCAGAGAUAGCAUAAUGUUGAAGUGUUAUAAUAAUACUAAUAGAAAUAUUCCUUUCAAAUCGCCUCCAUCUAUAAAUCCCCCGCCCUUACACUCUCAUUUUAUUUAUUUAUGUAUUAUUUAUUUAUUUAUUGUGGCUUUUUGGGGGGCCUAUCUUUGCGCCUUGUUAGACAGGGGAAGUGGCGGAUUUUGUUCAAAUUUCAGAAAUGUAACUUAAUGUGGAAUAUCAGCAUAAUUGCGGCUCUUGUGGUGCGCGGCAGAUUUUGGUUUUGCCCUAUCAUAAAAAAGGGAAGUAAAAGAUGGGUGCAAACAUUCCUGGUUGUUAAAAGGAAGAAAUUUACAGCUGAGUAAUAAAAGUUUACGACUGAACCCUGGCUGCGAUUGGCUGGAGCGAGCCACGUGGCCCAGGCUCUAUGAACAUGAACUUUAUGCUGUUGUCUAUUCUCUGCUCCUUCCCUUGUAUCAGCGGCCGACUAAAAUGCAAGGAGUGCAGAAACGUCUAUUUCCCCCCCGUUAGUGUAAAAACAAAUCCAGCUCGGCCGUUUUUGGGGUGCGGCUGCGUGUCACAUAUUCACCCGAUCUUCGCGACUUCCUGGCGGUGGGAUCUUCGGGACAGUCGCCGCCUAUGCCAAGCCGCUGCCUGCGAUGAUCUCUCCCCCUCUUUUGCCACCCCCCUCCUCCUCCUCUGGAGGCAAUAAAACCGCGACUGGGAAAGCAAAAAGAGCAAGCAAGCCUGCAAGAAAAUACUUUCCCGGCAGACAGAGCUCCUUAUCGACAAAACAGAAGAUGCGCGCGGUGCUGUUCUCGCCCCCUUCGCCACUCUGACACUACAACAGUUCUGGACCACAAACUAUUAAGAGCCCUCUCAGGCUGUAUCUUCAUUGGUGUUCUUAACUUGCUCCACGGUUGGUCUGCUUUGAGAAUUAAACCACAUCUCUUGAGCAUCUCACAUCUCCCGUGUUCUGUUACAGACUGAACCACAAACCUAUUAAAUAUCUGCAUUUAAAUCACUUUUUGUGACUCCUGGAAGUUCUUCUAAUUCUUAAAAGCAUUAAAGACACUACCCAGAGGUAUAUAACAAAUAUGCAGUGAGGAUAAAAAUACAGCUGGAUAAUAAACUAUGAAUUGCACAAGAAAUAAAGAUUUUUGAAAGCAGACUUCAGAUACAAAGAAUGGUAAGCCUACUUUUUGUUUUGGGGUUGAUGACAUCACAACAGGUAUAAGAUUCAAACUCGCGUGUUGGCAUUAGCACAGCACUGUGAGAGGAAAGUAAGUUGUGACAGAUUUCAUUCUGAAGCAGCUGAGUUGCGUUUGAGAAACAAAGUUACUCGGUAUAUGUUCCAGCCUUAAGCCAUUUUGCAGGGAUUCAGAGAGGUCUUAAAAACAUUUUUAAAAAAGGUUUUACAAACACCCACGAGGUUCUGAAUUACAGUUCAUUAGGUCUCUUUUGUUGUUGUUUUGUUUCCCUUACUUGUUUAAUUAUUUGUUUGUUUGACACAUUUGUACAUUACCCUUAACCUCUGACCAAAACACAAAGUUCAUGAUCCCAUGCAAUAAUGGAUCCUGUUGGAAGUCACGUAAAUCCAAAUACUUGAUUAUGUCGUCUCCCAGUACUGAAUUAAUAACAUUUCUUUGGAAAUAAAGGCUGAAGCUGAGUAACAUGUGUAAAAGAGCUUGCUUACAUUUUUAGCUCGGUUCCAUUUAAGCUGCGAGCUAGCUGCAUUAUUAGUGAAGAUACUUUUGAAAUUCACUUCAUCAUUAUAGUAUGGUUGGACAAUAAAUCAAUAACAAUAUGUAUCACGAUAAACAUGUGAUUAAUAUCAAUAGAUAUGUUUGAAAAAAUGUUUCGCCUACUUUUGAUCCAGAACCGCAAACCCUUCUGGGUGAUGUAGGCAGAGGUUUGCCAUGUGAGACCCCAUAGUUGACUCAACCUAUCAGAGCCAGUUGAUAGUUGGUGCAUCAACUAUCUCACUCACUAUUUAGUUACCUAGCAACAACCUGUUGACUAACUUGCGCAACUGCAGUUUAAGGUUUUGCCACCAUGCCUCAUAUGCUUAAUAAUAAUAAUAAAGACAACGACAACAAUAGCAAUAACGUGGAGUGAAAACGGGAUGAAACAGAAAAAAAUCACGCCAUCAGUUUGGCAAUAUUUAAGACAAAACCAAAAUCAAUGACUAUUAAUAUGACUGAUAUGAAAUGCUUAUAUCAUAAUAUGGUUUUCAGCCACACCUUCCAGUCCUUUAAGAUGAUCUAUAAAAGUCUUAAAUUUAAACUCCUGAAACUUUCAGAGUGUGUGUUUUUUAUCUUGUUAGAGGAAUUUGCAUGUAUGGAAACUCAGAGAUUAGAUUUGAUCUUGGUCUUAAAGGUUUACUACAAAAUGCCAAAACAAAUAGAAGAAAUGGCCAACAUGUUCAAUCAGAGAACAACUAAUUAGAAAGUUAAUUUAAUUGUUUUUAUUUUCAGAAAGGUCCGGCUAUCAGAUGUGAUGUCGGUUUGUCAGUUUCCCAGCUGAACUAAUACUGAUUAAAAAUAAGUGCCUUCAUUAAUUUGCAAAUAACCUUUAUGCAAAGUGUGCAAGCUAAUAAAAUGAUUGGUUUUCUAUUGUUGUGCUUUAUCCUUGGCCAACCAUUGUCCCUUUGAAUAAUUGGUAGCCAUAGAUUUUGCCUGUUUUAUUUUUUUUUUCCUUGGUCAGCAGCUACUAGUUUUGUCCCCAAGAUCAAUUACCUUGGUAACAAAACCAGAGAGAGGGAGGCAGGGGGAAGAAGAGGGAAGAAGGAGGGAUAAAGAGACACGAGCGGACAGUGAGAGAGAGAGAGCGCUUUGUGCCCACAAUGGCGACUGUAGGUAUGCUAAAUACCUCUGGUUCCUUAUCCGGGAACUACCUCUUCCUCUGCUAUUGGGCCACUGGGUCACGUGGUUAAAGUAACUUUACAGGGCUGCUCGCAAGUAGGAGGGCUUUAUGGAGCAGAAAAACGACAAAGCUAGAAAAAUUAUUUUCCACUCCAGAAAUUAAUGAUCAUGAGCUCGUAUUUGAUGGAGUCUAACUACAUUGAUCCGAAAUUUCCUCCAUGCGAGGAAUAUUCGCAAAACAACUACAUCCCCGAGCACAGUCCAGAAUAUUACAGCCGCGCAAGGGACACUGGCUACCAGCAUCACCACCAGGAGUUAUACCCUCCUCCGCGGGCGAGCUACCAAGAGCGCCAGUAUAACUGUGCAAGCAUCCCCGAGCCCGACACGCCGCGGGGACACGGAAUACCCCACUCCGCACACCUGCUGACGGGAAAGGGCCAGCCUGCGUCAUGUGAGACCCCACAGUUGUCCAUGUCCCCCGCCACCCCGCCGGCCGCAGCCUCCGCCUGCAACCAAGCCACCCCGGAGCAUCCCAACAGCACAGUCUCCUCCAAACAGCCCGUGGUCUACCCGUGGAUGAAGAAAAUUCACGUCAGCACUGUGAACUCUGGUUACAAUGGGACGGAGCCAAAACGAUCUAGAACAGCUUACACCCGGCAGCAGGUCUUGGAAUUGGAGAAGGAAUUCCACUAUAACCGGUAUUUAACCCGACGGAGGCGCAUUGAGAUCGCGCACACCUUGGUGCUCUCCGAGCGGCAGAUUAAAAUCUGGUUUCAGAACCGCAGGAUGAAAUGGAAAAAGGAUCACAGGCUGCCGAACACCAAAGUGAGAUCCUCCUCCUCUUCCUCGUCCUCCUCCUCCGGGUCCAACACAGGCUCUGCGGCCGGCGGAGUCGCCGCUGUCUCGGCCACCAACACUGGGCCCCCCGACGAACUCACAGGAGCGCAGCAUGGCGAGGAUAUUACCAGAUUCCUAGAUAAGGAGAAGCCGGACUUCGUGCAGAAAAUGUCUGAAGAAAUAUCUCAAAAGCUUCUUUGGGCACCCCAAGUUCCCAGCAGGAUUAGUUUCCAACUCCAGAGCUCUGCUAUUGGAGGACUGGCACACGUGACCAAGGUACCCCCCUCUGUUCCAGGUUGAACCCACAUGAACUCUCCGAGUGCCCUCUGGAGCCUGUGGUUUCCAGCCAUGCCAAAGACAUGCUGGACCCGAAUAGCAGAGGAUGUAGACUCAGCAUCUGCCACU